UGGUUCCCAGCAGUCGGCAGUAAGAGAAUGCUUUCAGGAAGAUGACAGAUGCAGGGAAAAGAUGAUGUUUUGCACUAUCUUGAUUUGUUACAGCAGCCAACUUAUUGGCAUGAUGGAGUGACAAGAAAAGCAGCUGGCAUGGAAGAUGAAAGGGAAGAUGUUCAAAAGAAAACAUUCACAAAGUGGGUAAAUGCACAGUUUGCUAAGUUUGGGAGGCACUAUAUUGACGACCUUUUUAAUGAUUUUCGAGAUGGACGAAGACUUCUGGAGCUCCUUGAAGGUUUUACGGGCCAAAAACUUGCAAAAGAAAAGGGCUCCACAAGAGUUCAUGCUCUGAACAAUGUCAACAAAGCAUUACAGGUCUUGCAGAAAAAUAAUGUUGAUUUGGUGAAUAUUGGAAGCACAGACAUAGUGGAUGGAAAUCAUAAACUGACCCUUGGAUUGAUCUGGAGUAUAAUUCUCCAUUGGCAGGUCAAAGAUGUAAUGAAAAACAUAAUGGCUGGGUUGCAACAGACAAACAGUGAAAAGAUCUUACUGAGCUGGGUCCGCCAGUCAACUCGCAAUUACCCGCAGGUCAAUGUUAUCAAUUUCACCACUAGCUGGUCUGAUGGAUUGGCUUUCAACGCACUCAUCCACAGUCACAGACCAGAUCUGUUUGAUUGGAACAGUGUGGCUUGCCAACAGUCAGCUGUACAACGGUUAGACCAUGCCUUCAACACUGCGAAACGGCACUUGGGUAUUGAGAAACUCCUUGAUUCUGAAGAUAUUGCAACUGCCUAUCCAGAUAAGAAGUCAAUCUUAAUGUAUGUGACAUCACUCUUCCAAGUUCUACCCCAGCAAAUCACCAUUGAAGCUAUCCAGGAAGUGGAAACAUUGCCACGGCAAUCAAAGGUCACUAGAGAAGAACACAUACAAUUACGUCAUCAACAACGCUUCUCUGAACAGAUCACAGUCAGUGUAGCACAAGGUCACGUGCACACCCCUUCACCUCCUCCUAAACCUCGCUUCAAAAGCUAUGCGUACACACAAGCUGCUUAUGUCAUGUCCCCUGACCAAAAAGGGAGGCAGUUCCCUCCACAGUAUUUGGACGCUCCUGAAGACAGGUCAUUUGGCAGUUCACUAAUGGAGGUAGAAGUGGACCUGGACAGCUACCAAACAGCUUUAGAAGAAGUACUCACAUGGCUUCUCUCUACUGAAGAUGCAUUACAAGCACAAGGAGAUAUAUCCAGUGAUGUAGAAGAAGUCAAAGAGCAGUUUCACACCCAUGAGGGUUUUAUGAUGGAAUUAACAGCUCACCAGGGUCGUGUUGGUAAUGUUUUGCAAGUGGGGAGUCAACUUAUAGCAGUUGGGAAGCUUUCAGAAGAUGAAGAAAAUGAAAUCCAAGAACAAAUGAAUCUGCUUAAUUCUCGUUGGGAAAGUCUCAGGGUAGCCAGCAUGGAAAAACAAAGCAACUUACAUAAAAUUCUCAUGGACCUGCAGAAUCAGCAACUAACACAGUUAUCUGACUGGCUAGCUAAAACAGAAGAACGAACAAAGAAAAUUGAGUCAGAGCCCCUGGGCCCUGAUCUAGAAGAUUUAAAACAUCAAGUAGAAGAACACAAGGCACUUCAAGAAGACUUGGAACAGGAACAAGUCAGGGUGAAUUCCCUUACUCAUAUGGUAGUUGUGGUGGAUGAAAGUGGUGGAGAUAAAGCUACUGCUGCACUAGAAGAACAACUUCAGGAUCUGGGAGAUCGGUGGGCAGCCAUUUGUAGAUGGACAGAGGAUCGCUGGGUCCUUCUGCAGCAUAUUCUUCGGAAGUGGCAGCAAUUUGCUGAGGAGCAGUGCCAUUUUGAUUCAUGGCUUACAGAGAAAGAGGAUGCCGUGAGCAGGAUUCAUACAACUGGCUUUAAAGAUCAGAAUGAAAUGCUUGCCAGUCUGCAAAAGUUGGCUCAUUAA